UCAUUUGUCAGGAAAGGCCAUUUCAGUACAGAGGUACAAACAGAACAGCCAUUAGAGACAGAGCUCAAGUUCUGGAUACUUGCAAGACGAGCACCAAAGUGUGAGGAGGACGGACAUCAAGCUGAAAUAAAAUUCAAUUGGACACAUUUAAAGUCCGAUAUCGUCAUUUCCACUUUUCAUAUGGAUCAAAGAGCGUAAGCCGUUACUUCGCCGGAAAAAUUGAUUCAGUUAACCGGAGUUCUUAAUCUUUACUUGAGUGGUGUGAGCUGUUACAAAAAAGGAAAACUGUUGCAAUAACUUAGUCAUGUCUAUCGUCGAUCACCGCCGUUCCCAUUCAGAUGGAAAGCCCUGGCGACUAUGUCCGUUUUGGCAAUCUGGAACACCUUCUUCGUCGUUUUCAUCAACGCGGAAUCUUCAAUUUCAGGGUCAGAAAAGCCAUGAAAAUGGUGUCGAAUCCAAACGUCGGACUUCCAAUAAGGUAUCCUCGGUGGCGAAAUCGCUCUUACCAGCUAGGCGUAGACUCCGCCUUGAUCCGGCUAACAACCUUUAUUUUCCUUAUGAACCUGGUAAACAGGUGAGAAGUGCUGUUCGAAUCAAGAACCAUAGCAGCUCUCAUGUCGCUUUUAAGUUUCAAACUACUGCACCAAAGAGCUGUUACAUGCGACCUCCUGGUGGUAUUCUGGCACCUGGAGAAACCAUUAUUGCUACAGUUUUCAAGUUUGUUGAACAACCUGAGAAAAACGAAAAACAACUAAACCAAAGGAGUAAAGUUAAGUUCAAGAUCAUGAGCCUGAAAGUGAAAGAAGGAACAGAUUAUGUUCCCGAAUUGUUUGAUGAACAAAAGAAUGAAGUAGUUGUUGAGCGAAUUUUACGUGUUAUCUUCUUGAAUGCAGAACGUCCUACCCCUGCAUUGGAAAAACUAAAGCAUCAAUUGGCUGAAGCUGAAGCUGAAUUAGAGAUACGAAAAAAGCCUCAAGUCGACACAUCUCCAAAAGUUGUUGGCCAAGGGAUGGUUAUAGAUGAGUGGAAAGAAAGAAGGGAGAAAUACCUUGCUCGACAACAAGUUGAGGGUGUAGAUUUGUCAUAAAGGUUUUUGUAUGGUGUUGUAAAAAUUUCAUUAGUAAGCAGCGUCCUCGUGGGUUUUAAGUAUUAACUAGUGACCAAAUUUUUUUCAAUAAGUUUUGUGUAAUUCUAUGCUUGAACAUCGUGUUGUAUAAAUAAACCAUUUACAUCAUCUUAAAUACUUAUUAACUGUCUAUUUGAACUA